GUCCGGUCAAAAUUGCUUAAACAAACUUUUUCAGCAGCGAAAGAAAAAACCUGACAAAAAUAUAUAUUUUUUUAAUUGAAUAGAAAUUAAAAAAAAAUAAUAAAAAAAUUGGCAACGAAGGAGUCUUCACUGAACGGGCAACCUAUAUAGUAGUAUAAUAUGAUUAUAAUCAAAACCCAGACCCCGAUACUUUCCUGCUUCCUCCAUGAUAAACAAAUAAAAACCUUAAUCAUUGGGAUUUAAUCCCUGCUCUUUUCCUUCCCCGCCAAGCUUAUUAGAAUUUUUUUUUUUUUUUAGUUGCUUGCAUUGUGUAUUUACAUUAAUAUAAAAGGGGGGGGGGAAGAAUAAAUUUUUAGGCCCAAUUUGGUUUUGACCAUCGUCACCGCCACCCACCGAUUAGAGGGUGAUGGAGGAGGAGGAGGACUAUUACGAUUCUGGCAGUGACGAUGAAUACUAUGAUAAAGUUUAUGACGAGAAUGACGCAGGGUUGGAUUAUGAUCCUGAGGAUCAAGAAACUGAUUACGAGACUUACGCUUCAUUGGUUACCAAGGGUUCCUCUUGUAAGGUGAUCAGACAAGAGUCUCUUUUAGCUGCACAGAAAGAAGACUUGCAAAGAGUAAUGGAGUUGUUGUCAUUGAGGGAGCAUCAUGCAAGGACAUUGCUCAUUCAUUAUCGUUGGAAUGUUGAUAGAGUUUUUACUGAAUUCGCUGAGAGGGGGGAGGAGUGGUUGUAUAAAACCACUGGGUUGCCAGUGAAAAGCAGUCAGAAUCUUGACAACUCCAUGUCUACCCCUGAAAUAACUUGUGAGAUCUGCUUUGAUGAAGUCCCUAGCAGAGACUCUACUGUAAUGGAAUGUGGACAUCAUUUUUGCAACAACUGUUGGACGGAGCACUUCAUUGUGAAGAUAAAUGAGGGUCAGAGCAGACGUAUCACUUGCAUGGCCCACAAAUGCUAUGCAAUAUGUGAUGAAGAAAUUGUCAGAAAUCUAGUUAGUUUAAGAGAUCCUGAUUUAGCAGAAAAGUUUGAUCGGUUUCUCCUUGAAUCUUAUAUUGAUGAUAAUACUAGAGUAAAGUGGUGCCCUAGCAUUCCUCACUGUGGAAAUGCAAUCCGUGUCGAUGAUGAUGAGUAUCGGGAGGUUGAAUGUGCCUGUGGUAUCGAGUUCUGUUUUAGCUGCACCUCUGAAGCUCACUCACCUUGCUCAUGUUUGAUGUGGGAGAGUUGGUCAAAAAAAUGUGAGGAUGAAUCUGAGACAGUUAACUGGAUUUCAACUAAUACAAAGUCUUGCCCCAAGUGUCAUAAACCUGUGGAAAAGGAUGGAGGAUGCAACCUAGUUCGAUGUGUUUGUAAACAACCAUUUUGCUGGCUUUGUGGCGAAGCCACUGGCCUGGAUCACACAUGGACUAGUAUUGCCGGUCAUACUUGUGGCAGUUAUAAAGAAGAUGAAAAGGACAAAGUUGAGAAAGCAAGACAGCAACUUUUUCGGUAUACUCACUACUUCAAUCGGUACAAAGCCCACCGCGACUCUUUAAAGCUUGAAACUGAUUUGAAGAACAGAUUACAAGAAAAAAUUGUGAUCUUGGAAGAUAAAAAGGAUCCCACAUCAGUAGACUUAAGUUGGGUGACGAAUGGUUUUAACAGACUUUUCAGAUCAAGAAAGAUUAUCUCGUAUUCGUAUCCUUUUGCCUAUUACAUGUUUGGUGAUAUCCUUUUCAAGGAUGGAAUGACAAAAAGACAAAGGGAGCUAAAGCAGAGCCUUUUUGAGGAGCAGCAACAGCAACUUGAAGCAAUGACUGAAAGGCUUUCAUUGUUUUUGGAAGAGCCUUUUUCCAGUUAUUCUGGUGAUCAACUUUCAGAGAUAAGAUAUAAGAUCGUUAAUCUCUCAAGAGUUACUGAUGACUACUGCAAAAGAUUGUAUGAUUGCAUAGAAAACGAUCUAUUGGGGCCACUUCAGCAUGUAACUCAGAUUAUAGCUCCGUAUAGGUCUAAUGGUCUCGAGAAAGCUUCAGAACUUAACUAAAGCAGGAUGACGGGACUAAUGCAAGAAUAAUUCAAGCAAAAGCUCCCAAGGUGUAAAGAUAAACAGCUGCAAACCUUCUCAAACCGGUCCAAGGAUCGUUGUUCAAACCCAUAGCUGAUAUGAUGAUUCACAAUGAUGAAUUUCGGUGCAGACUGUUAUGCAAAGUGGGCAAAGAAACUGUCACAAGCAUGGCUGCAUUGACUUUUUUUGGCUGCCUGUACUUUUCUGAGUUAUCAUCAACAUCAGUUGGUUUGUUCAUGAGUGAUUAUUCUCUGGCAUUCUUGUUUCUUUUUAAUGGAGAAUGUUGUACAUAAUCUUCUUGGGAUAUUUAGGCUGCAGGUUAAUUAUUUCUACUUAGAUAUUUCCUGGUUGAACCUUAGCUUAAAAUUGGACCAUUUUGGAACUCAGAUUCUUAUUUGAGGUUUUUAAGGCUUAUAAAAUCUCUUGCAAUACUGGUCUGUGAGAUCAAUUAAAAAGAACUUAAGUUCAUCC